AUGGAGUUGAGACUGGCCAUAUGGCGUGAAUGCCUCCUAAACCGAGUCGUUGAGAUAGACUAUGCAUGGGAUGAUUGCGGCGUCUUCGGUUCUGAUCCGCCGCCAUACGAGCUGCAUCAAACGACUAAUCUCAACCGACGCGCGCCUGUGAUUAGCAGUGUAUGCCGUGAAUCGCGCCUGGUCGCUUUUGAAGCUGGACAUUUUCGCAAGAAGGGUUUGACCCCGGAGGAGGACUCGUGGAAAUCCAGUAUCCGCGGUGACGGAAGCGCUCUCGACUAUUUAGCUAGGAGGGCAGCUAAGGUUCGCGGGGGCUCUUUUAUGCUUGAUUAUCUUGAUAAUUACCGCGAUAGCGAUGUCGAUAUUGAAGAAAGGAUGAGGGCUCUCAGGAAACUACAACACGGAGUUAUUGUGAUGCGUGUUAUUAUAGUGCAUACCUCGUUAGAGAAUGCGGUGAAGACGGGAUUGUUUGGACUUCUCGGCGAUGCCUGCAUACAGCUUGUCGAUGUAUCCGACAAGACGAGUCUGAAUGCCUUUUUCGAUUUCGCAGAGAAAUUCGAGUCUAAACCUAACGGAUACAUUACUAGGAAGCAAGACUUCUAUAGGGAGACUCCAGAAUCAGUCAAAAAUUCCUCAACGACCGCCUCACGUAUGCAUUUGAUGCCCAAGCUGCUCGGACGUUGCCUCUGCGACCGGCUAUCAUGUUCAAAUUCUGCCCCUACUGGUGCAACCAUUCUAUAG